AUGCUGGCUGUGUGUGUGUUUCUGGUGAUGUCUGGAGGGCAGACCGGCGGAGAGGCUGCUGGUGCCAGGCAGCGACGCAGGACCAGCCUGAGCCCUGAGAGAGAAGACCUGGAGGGACUUUCCUCACCACCCGCUUUCCGCAAACUCUCGCCCAUGUACCCCAAGGAGGAGCACAGCACGGGGGGAAUCACCUCUUCGGUCAACUACCUAGAUGGAGUUUAUGAGUACCCAAACCCAACUCAGACCUACGGCACCUCAUCGCCCACUGAGCCUUCUUCUGUCGAAUACUACCCGGCUCCCCCGGACCCUCACGGUCCAGCGGUUGAAGAACAUCUGCAGGCUUUAGGCACGGGAUCCAGCAGCCCUCUCAUGUUCACACCCUCAAGCCCUCAGCUGCCUCCGUAUCUCAGCCAUCAUGGCGGCCACCACUCUUCACACCAGGUGUCUUACUACCUGGACACCUCCUCUAGCACAGUCUACAGGUCCAGUGUGUUAGCUUCUCAGCCUGCAGGUGUCGGCUUGUGUGAAGACCUCUGCAGCGCUACAGAUAGGCAAGAGUUGUAUAACGGGUCAAAAGCCACAGGAGGGUUUGGUCUGGCGAAGGAGACACGCUUCUGUGCGGUGUGCAGUGACUAUGCUUCUGGUUACCAUUAUGGAGUCUGGUCCUGUGAGGGCUGCAAAGCUUUCUUCAAGAGAAGCAUUCAAGGUCACAAUGACUAUGUUUGUCCAGCGACCAACCAGUGUACUAUUGACAGAAACCGCCGGAAGAGCUGCCAAGCAUGCAGACUACGCAAGUGCUAUGAAGUAGGGAUGAUGAAAGGAGGUAUUCGUAAGGAUCGAGGUGGUCGAACUGUCAGGAGGGAGAGGAGGAGGAGUGGAAGUGAGGAUCAUGACAAACGCUACAUUGAACAGCAGACUCAUGUGGGUCUAAAGACAGUUGCUCCACAGAACAAAAGGAAGAGAGUCGGUGGGGUGGUCAGUGCUUUAUGCAUGAACCCAGAACAGGUGCUGCUGUUGCUCAUGGGGGCGGAGCCACCAGCCGUCUGUUCACGACAGAAACACAGUCGCCCGUACACAGAGAUCACAAUGAUGUCUCUGCUCACCAAUAUGGCCGAUAAAGAACUCGUCCACAUGAUAGCCUGGGCUAAGAAAGUACCAGGCUUCCAGGAUCUCUCUUUGCAUGAUCAGGUGAAGUUGUUGGAGAGCUCCUGGCUGGAGGUGUUAAUGAUUGGACUUAUAUGGAGGUCUAUUCACUUGCCUGGAAAACUCAUCUUUGCUGAGGAUCUCAUCCUCGACAGGAGUGAAGGAGAAUGUGUCGAGGGAAUGGCCGAGAUUUUUGACAUGCUCUUGGCAACCGUGGCUCGAUUCCGCAGUCUCAAACUUAAGCCGGAGGAAUUUGUGUGUCUCAAAGCCAUCGUACUGCUUAAUUCUGGUGCGUUUUCAUUCUGUUCUAGUCCUGUGGAGCCCCUGACAGACUUCUUCAUGGUGCAGUGCAUGCUGGAUAACAUCACCGAUGCCCUCAUUUACUGCCUCAGUAAAUCAGGUGCCUCACUGCAGCUGCAGUCACGUCGACAGGCCCAGCUUCUCCUGCUCCUGUCCCACAUCAGACACAUGAGCAACAAAGGGAUGGAGCACUUAUACAGAAUGAAGUGCAAGAAUCGAGUUCCACUGUAUGACCUGCUGCUGGAGAUGCUGGAUGCUCACCGGUUCCACGCUCAAGGGAAAGUGCAGCGACCCUGGGCACAUCAUGAGAAAGAUCCACCCUCUACACCCACAACCAGUUGCGGCAGUCCCUCCAGAGGACAUGGAGUCAUGCAGCUCAACUCCGAGCCAAAGUCCUGACUCCCGAGUCAUAGCAUCUGAAACACAUUCGGGUAAAAUUAAACAGCUAAACUUUGGACUGUGAUUCAUGGCACUGCCUACUUAUUAAAUUGGGGCUAAAGUGGAGUCUCUGCUUGUGCUUUAAAAAGAUUCCACCUCAAAUUCAGGUACACCAAACCAGAUUAAUACAAGAUUAGAUCCUCAGAUGAGAACAAGCAUCCAGAAAACUUCGCAUUUGUGACCCUGGAUCACAAAACCAGUCUUAAGCACGGGAACAUUUUUAGUAAAAGACAAAAAUACAUUGUGUGGGUCAAAAUUAUAGAUUUUUCUUUCAUGUCAAAGAUCUUUAGGAUAAUACUUAAAGAUCAUGUGCCAUGAAGAUAUUUUGUAAAUUUCCUAAGUUAAAUAUAUCAAAACUUUAUUUUUGUGAGUGGAUGGCCUGACACGGUGCCUCUGAUUAACUUCAAAGGCAGUUUUCUCAAUAUUUCGAUUUUUUUGCUCUUUCAGAUUCAUGAGUUUUAAACGGUUGAAUCUCAGCCAGAUCUUGUCCUAUUCUAACAACUCAAUAGAAAGCCUAUUUAUUCAGCUUUCAGAUUAUGCAAAAUCUCAAUUUCAAAAAAUGUACCCAUAAGACUGUUUUUUUUUGUCCAGGGUCACAUUUAUGGUCACAAACAUUUUUAAAAGUCAAGACUCACUUUAUAAAUGGUGUGUUUGGACUCCGUCCGUGAUAUUCUGAGACCACUUUAUGCAGAAGCUGCUAUUUUUUUCGUUUAGAUCUAUUGAGUGACAAUAUUCUCAUCAGCUAGCCUAUAGGCCUACACAAACACCUUCUGAAGACAAAAUGUAAAUUGAAUGAGAUACGUGCACUUUCUUCAAAAUGGUAUGAAAAUCGGUUGAAUUCAUAAAAACGUAGUUCCUCACCAAUGAUUAUUCAAACCAUUUAUUGGUAAACAAAUUUGUUAUUUACAAUUAAUUUUCACAGACGCUUCUGAGCUGUCAGUCACAUACGUUAGCAGAAUAGCAAACUGAAGACGUUGAAGCAUAUUUACAUUCUACUAUAAUUACAUUACAGUAACGCACAAUAGCUGUGUUUAAUUUUAUGCAGCUACACUAAAUAUUAAUAGUUUAUCAGUAUUAAUUCCGAACACACAGUAACAUGAGCACUGUAUAAGUUAACACAAAAAUCAAAGCAGGGGCGCCGCCUGCAGGUCAACAUGAAAACAGCAUUAGACGUAUCAAACUAUUUUCUUAAAUUGCAUAUCAGUGUGAUCGAUUCUCAUAAUCCGAUCUGUUUAUGAAUACAAUGUGAUAUUUUUUUAAAUAAUUUUUAGAUGUUGAAUUUUAAAUUAAAUGACAAAAAUGAAAACACA